GGCGAUUCAUUGAAAGCACAGGGAAGUGGUUGGCCAAGAUAUUUCCCAACAAACAGUCGUGAAGAGAGCAGCAAGCCUUUUGAGGUCCAGAGACAGAGACCUGGAGAGGAGAAUGAUUGAAGCUGAUGACAAACAUCUGAAGCUAGAAAAGGAGAAGGCUAUGAAGAUGCAGAGCUGCAGUCCUGAGACGAUGAUGGCCAGAAUCCCCUCUCCAGAUGAUGACAUGGACUCAGUCUGCAAGACCUGGAAGCGUUAUGAUAAUCCUUACUACUGCUCUUCACAAUCUCAACAGAACCAACACCAACGCAAGGCAUUUAUAUGGGAUCUGAAUUUCAUAAAGGUCUUCAUGGAAUCUGAACUAGGCAAAGCUCGGGCCGAGAUCAAGGAACUGAAGGCAGAGCUGGACUACGAGAGAAAAGCUCGAAGACGGGCAGAGUUGACAAACAAGAGGCUGGCUAAAGAUGUGGAGGAGGAGAGAAUGGGUAGAGAAGCGGAGGAGUUGCAAAACAAGCAGCUCUUAAAAGAGAUAUCGUUUGACAAGUCAGAGAUGGUUCGGAUGAAACGAGAUCUUGAAGAAGAGAGACAGAUGCACAGGUUGGCGGAGGUUUUGAGAGAAGAGAGGGUUCAGAUGAAGCUGGCGGAUGCAAGGCUUUUCUUGGAGGAGAAGCUAACUGAGUUAGAGGAAGCUAAUAGACAAGGAGAGAGGGAGAUGAAGCCUAAGAUACUGAAGAGGGCGUGUAGCUCACCCGCGAGGAGGAGGUGGGAGAAUCCUCACAUUAUGAGGAGAGGUAUCAAUCCGUUCCCAAGAGUGAUUAGAGCUAUACGAUCAAAGAGUGAGAAAUGGGGUUCGAAGCUGGAGUGCCAAAAGGUUCAGCUCAAAAUUCUGCUCAGACAAAAGACCACCCCUAGAUGUACUCCUCUUCUCUCCUCUCCUCUCCCUGAUUGAUACUGUAAGCUUCUUCUUUCUUUCUUUUUUUCUUUCUCUUUUGAUCUCGCUUAAUCUCAAUAUUUCACAUCCAAGGACUAAACAUGCGCU